CAAAAAUUUUCAUGAUUGAUAAUAUUAAUGCUAGGCGAUCGAUCUUCAUUUGCCAGCUUUAUCGAACAAUUUAUCUUUGUGGAGAAUGGCUUCAAAUUUGUUUGUUUGAUUCUAAUUAGCUGGACCAUAACAUUUAAGAGCCCGUGAUCAUAAUUGACUAACUAGAGGGAAUUGUGACUUGUCAGUUGUUGGUUACCCUUAGAGAUGUGUUAUUGUUUAAAACUACAUUAGUGAUUUUUUAUCAACAUCACCAUUUGAACAUUAAUUAGUUUGUUUUAUUGACACAACUAUCAAACUUCCUUUAUAACUGAUUGAACAAUUGCAAGUAUCAUUGGAUUUGAUCAUCAGAUCUCAUUGUUUUACUCUACGAUCUUUCUCAGCUUUCAAGCGUUAUCUACUGGAUUAAUUUGUUGAUUUCCGUUUUUUCUUUGGACAUAUACCAAAGAGAUCCCAAGUAAUGAUUCUGAGGCCUUUUCAACUGCUAAGCUGUGACUGACCAAGAAGUAAAAUACAGAGUAUUUGGAUUUUUUAACAAUUUUUUACUCUAUUUAUUAAUUGUGUAUCAAAUUUCACGAAAUUAUCAACAUGGACCAGCAAUCUGCCAUCCUUGAACUUGAUAAUGCCCUUGCCAUCGACAUGUCUGGAGCAGAUUUGAACACUGGAUCAGCAGCUAAUGAAUUGCAAUUUAAAGACUAUCCUAGAGAAGCAAGCGGUUCUAGUAAUUUAUUACCUAUAGGAAGCAAACAAAAUUUCGCCAAUUCUAGAGGUGAUGAUGGACCAACCGAUGAAAAUGAAGACGCAGGUUUAAUGGCAAACAAUACAAAAACUAAAGCACCUGCUAGCUUCUGGCAGUUAAAUUAUUUUUCACAAUAUUUCAAUGUGACAACACAGGAUGUUUUAGCAAGAAUUUUAUGGUCAGUUUUACCAAUCAAAUCAGCUACUGGUGCCAACUAUAUUGAAAGGCAUAUUCAAAAUAAUGCUGACAUUUAUGGACCUUUUUGGAUAAAUGUUACUUUAAUUUUCUCAAUAGCUAUAUUUGGUAAUAUAGCAAAUUAUCUAUCAACUAGCGGAGAGCAAGAUUCAUGGCAUAAUGAUUGGAAUAAGCUUGGGUUAGCCGCUAGCAGCGUAUUUAGUUACACUUUGUUCGUCCCCGUAUUACUCUGGUUCUUUUUCUGGUUCAGAGGCUGUACAAUCACCUACACACUGUUCGAGAUCAUUUGUGCCUAUGGCUAUUCAUUGUCUGUCUAUAUUCCUAUUUCGUUUUUGUGGAUAAUUGAGAUUCGUUUAUUGCAAUACAUUCUAGUCAUUGUGGGAGCUUUUCUGUCCGGUAGUGUAUUAACAAUGUCAUUUGCACCGAUCGUUAACAGUGACCCAUCACAGACUUUUAAAACUUCUUACUUUAUGCUUCUACUGAUUAUUGGGCUUCAUUCCUUGAUUGCUUUCUCAUUUUUAUUUUAUUUCUUUUGAAUCUAUUUCAAAGUAUCAACACACUCAUCUAAAUGAAAGAUUCUACAAGCUAGAUGUGUAUAUUUUUUCCAAUUAAAAUUAUAAAAUUACAAUAAAAACAGUAUACUGAAUCAGUGAUUUUGCAGGUGUUGAUCAUCUGCUGGAUUGAAUUGACUUGAUUCUUCAAUUUUUAUUAUGAAUAUUAAUACAUUUAUGUAAAAAUCAAAGUGCGUAAUAUCAUGAAAAUCUGUUAAAGCCAUGUAACAUUGAUUCCAGGAACUUUCAAUGAUCUAAUUAUUUACGAUCUAAAAAUUUGAAUUAUGAAAUAUGAGUAAAAAUAUUCUUUAACUA